AUGAAAGGCCGAGCUCUUAGAAAUUUUCUAGCUGGCAUCGGUUCUCUCGCGUAUUUUCUCCAGGGUUACACUCAGAGCGUUCUCAAUGGUCUUGUUACUCUUGACACGUUUGUUCGCUAUUUCCCAUCAAUAGACACUGUUAAUGCCACAGACGAGGUGUUAAAGACUCAUGCAACAAUGCAGGGUACAGUGGUGGCAGUGUAUGAGGCAGGCGGAGCAUUCGGUGGCCUGCUGUGUUUUCUUCUCGCGCACACGCUAGGGCGAAAAAGAACAGUAUUCUGGGCUACAGUUUUCCAACUGAUCGGAGGAAUACUCCAAACAUCUGCUUUCUCAACAUCUCAACUCAUUGUUGGCCGCAUCGCAACUGGUAUCGGGAUGGGAGCCUACUGUGCCACUAUUCCUCUGUGGAUUUGUGAAUGCAUUGGCCCUGCGCACCGAGGUAAAACAGUCUUGCUGUUGGGAUGCUUUGGUGAUAUCGGCAUGGUGGUUGCAAACUGGGUGACCUAUGCCUUUUUCUAUGCUGGUAAAACGGAUCUCAAGUGGAGGAUCCCCCUGUCGCUGCAACUACCUGGUGCUGUUGCCAUCCUGCUAUUAGUCUUCUACUUACCAGAAUCACCAAGAUGGCUAUCUGCUCGAGGUAAACAAGCCAAAGCCCUCGAGGUAUUUGCGGCCUUGAGCGGACGAAAAGGCAAGGAUCCCACCGACCCCGAGGUCCAAGAUGAGCUGGACACGACGAUGAAAGAUGCUACAGAGUCUGCUAAAAGCCACCGCCUUUACUUUCGCAUUUUCCUCGCUGUUUUCAUUAAUAUGAUGGGAUGCUUGACUGGUAUUAGCGUUUUGACAUUUUUUUCGACCGAGGUUUUGGAAACGCAAAUGUCUUUCUCGGCCGACGAGGCACGGCUUGUUUCGGCAGGAUUGGAACUUGUACGUGCAGCGUUUGCUUUUGUGUCCAUGGCAUUGGUGGACAAACUUGGGCGUCGGCCAUUAAUGUUGUGUGGUGCGGCUGGAAUGAUGGUGUCGAUGGCGGCCAUGGCCAUUCUUACAAAGUCUGGUGCUAGUCAAGGUAUGCUAUAUGGUGCCAUCGUAUUUCAGUUCAUGUGCAUGGUCUUUUACCCUAUAGGGUUCCAUUUGAUGCCAACCAUGUACGCGGCGGAAAUUGCACCUGCCAAGUAUCGGCACAAGGUCACGGCAGCGUCGAAUGGCAUUCACUGGCUUUUCAACUUCAUGAUUGCCGAAGUUUCCCCUCUGGCUUUCAAUUCCUUGGGAAACUAUUAUUACAUUGUGUACGCCUGCACUAACGCAGUUACAUUAGUGGUUGUCUAUUUUGUCUUUCUUGAAACUAAGGAUCUCACUCUCGAAGAGAUUGAAAGCGUGUUCAGCCAUCUAACGUCGUAUCUGAAGAUCCAACAAGUGCGUACUUGA